AUGAGAUUUCUAAUUGUAAAUGGUUUCAAUGCGACACAAAUAAAUGCAAGAAUAUUCGAUCAUUUUAGAACAAGCAUCCAAUAAGUUAAGUUUUUAAAUAUGUAGAUGAUAUCCUCCUAAAGAGAAGUUGCAGAUACUGAAUGUGAAUAUCACAUAAGAGAUCGUCAUUCCUUGGAUGAUUUCCUCUAUGAACCAGAGACUAGUUUGAUUAGAAUGGAAUACGGUCUUAAAUUUGAUUCACUUGAUAUAGUCUUUAUUAUUGCAUCACCUAAUUAAAAACCAUGGCAUCCAAACAUGAAGAAAGUAAUAAAAUUUCUUAUUUAAGGUUAUUACUCUCAUAAGAAUGUGUUUAAAAACUAAGAAAUUACUAUUCACUACUUCUUUUGGAGCUUAAGCAAUUGCUUAUCUUUGUUCAACAAAUUUCUCUGUGGUAAUAAAUAUAUCAAUCUUAGCAUGCUAAUAUCACUAACAAUCAUGGAGAUGGUUGUAAAUUAGUCGACUUUCCUAAAUAUACUUUAUAAGCACUAAAAAAUGGACCAAAUGAAUACUUUCUAGAUUCCACUACUGGAGAUCUUUAUCUAUAUAGUAAAGUUACAGAUGAGUGGUUACCCAAAGCUAAUACUGGUCUACAUAAUAGAAGAGAUGCCAUGGAAUAUUAAUCUAUAGGUAGAUUCGUUGUCAAAUCUCCUACUUAUAAACCUAAGUAAAAUAUAUUGGCUAAUUAAAAUGAAAUGCUUUGUUCAAUCAAGAAAUAAUUCUUACAUCAUUGGCUCUUUAAAGGAGUAUAAAUGGAAUUCCCAGUCAAUUUAAUACAUCAAUGGGACAUUCAUGCUAUCACCUUUACAAAUCCAGAUAGAGUAUAUCUUUUUAUUAAAAAAAUCUAGAAAUUCUUGGCCUUAGCUGAAAAUAAUUUAAGAGGACCAUUGAUUAUAGAAAGUGACAAUAUUAUUGCAACUAUGUUUGAAUUAGAAUCUAAAUAAAAAGAUACUAUGAAAAUAUUAUCAAAUUUCAUUGAUAAUGCUGUUAAAUUAAUAAGAUUCAACAACACAUAUAAUUCUGUUAGCAUUACUAAUGAAAAAUACUUCUCUGUUAAUAAGGGAUUAGAUAAUAUAGAAAUUGUAUUCUAAUAAAAAAAGAAAAUCUCUAAUCUCAAUCCAGAAGAUUUACUCAAAAAAUAAUAAAAAAAUUUCAUGCUUGAAUAUAGAAAAUUAUUGAAUAAUGCAAUCUAAGAAACAGAACGUGAUAAAAUAUUCCAUGUUGGUUUCUCUGUUAAAAAAGAUCGAUUACCAGAGUAUUACUUUAUUAAUAUAGUUUUGUUUAGCAAAAUAAUAUUCAAGAUAAAAAUUACAAAGUUGUUAGAAGAAAAUCAUUUUAAUUGAAGAAAGCCUAAUUCUUAAGACAAUAAAGUCAAAUCAAUAUUGGAGGAGAUGAUGAAUAAUAGAUUAGAGAUUUGUAAGAUGAAUCUCCAAGAAGAAAGUUACCAUUUUCAAAUGUUGUUACUACAGCAAGUACAAAUAAAAGACUUCAUUCUAAAAUGAAUUCUCAUCCUAAAACACCAUUAACCAUUGAAAAUGAAGACAUUCAUCCAUAAGACCCUGAUUUUUAAACUUUGUGUCAAUCUACAGCCAGAAAAAUAUUACAUCCAACCUUAGAAGAUGAAUUUCUUGGAUCUAAAAAGAUAUGGGUUCCUGGUUAUCUAUCAAAAGAUAGAUUUAAAGUAGCAAAUACUCCUGGGACUCAACGUUCAAUGAGAACAUAAAUUCUGAGAAAUCAUACAGAGUCCUUAGUAUGA